CUUGAAGAUCAGUCAGAGAGAGAAAGUCGGCACCAUCUGUGACAGUCAGACAGUGCAACGAGAAAUGCCAGUGAAAUGCUGUUUCUACAGGUCGCCAACCACAGAAUCAAUGGCCUGGUCUGAAAAUAUGGACACUCUCUUAGCCAAUCAAGCUGGUCUAGAUGCUUUUCGAACAUUUCUAAAAUCAGAAUUUAGUGAAGAAAACGUUGAGUUCUGGCUUGCCUGUGAAGACUUCAAGAAAACUGAAAGUGCAGAAAAAAUUGCUUCCAAAGCCAGGAUGAUCUAUUCUGAAUUCAUUAAAGCCGACGCUCCUAAAGAGAUUAACAUUGACUUCAGUACCAGGGACCUCAUCUCAAAAAAUAUUGCUGAACCGACUCUCAAAUGCUUUGAUGAGGCUCAGAAAUUAAUCUACAGCCUCAUGGCCAAGGAUUCUUUUCCUCGGUUUCUCAAGUCAGAGAUUUAUAAGAAACUGGUAAAUAGCGAACAGGUUGGAAAACAUAAAAAGUGGCUCCCUUUCUUGUGA